CCUCCCUUCAUCAGAGCUUUGCCCGACUGUCCCAGCAGUACCGUCACGAUGAAGGUCGGCAAACCCCAAUCCAAGCGUGUGCCGGUACGCCUUCGGCACAAGAUCCAAAAGGCAUCAGCGGCAAAGCAGCGCAAACAGCGCAAAGAAGCGAAGAAGAACCCACAAUGGGUGUCCCGCCUGAAGAAGGACCCAGGCAUCCCCAAUCUGUUCCCGUUCAAGGCGCAGGUACUGGCGGAGAUCGAAGAGAGUCGACGAAAGAAAGUGGAGGACGCGCAGAAGAAGCGGGAAGUUGCAAAGGCGCAGAGAAUGGGUACAGCCGCGACGGCCCAGGUGGCAAAGACUGUUACGGAAGAUGAUGAUGAUGAGAUAUUGCUCGACGAGGAAGAUGACGACCGAACAAAUGAAGUCGACGAGAUGGAGGUGCGGAAUGAGGGCAAUCCCAUGGCAGCUCUACUGGCCUCGGCCCAGGCACGCGCACAAGCGUACAGCAAGGCCGACGAAGUCGCAGACAACGGCGCUGCAGACGGCGGUGCUGAUGAUAAUGAUGAUGAUGGAGAAUGGGACGGUAUCGAUGACGCAGCAAUCUCUGCAUCCGGCCAGGCUACUAAGAAAGUACUGCCCAAGCAGGCACUCGAGGACCCCAUCAAAGCCGUAAAUGCACUCAUGGAACGCAUUCAGCGGACACAAGACGGUAUUCAGCGGCUCAUAGAUCACUAUCAGAUACCGCCGCUCGUGACUGCAGGUAGCGACACCACCACUCGAUUCCUCGUUGAGGUGGCGAGGAAGCGUGGCCGGCUAAGUCGUGGCGGCGUGCCGAAUAUGCAUGCAGCGGCCCUUACGGUGUUGAGCGAUCUCAACGAGGAAAGGCUUGUACUACCCAUCAAUACUGUUCAGAAGCCGCCUGCGGUGUCCAACAAGAGUGAAGUGCAGAUUGUCUCGCAGAUGGCUGAGCCGCUCCGAAUAGAAGGUCUGUUCGCAGGCGGCGACAAGCGGGGACAAGGUGCUGCGCCACCGGACAUGGAAGUCGAGCUGUAAGAUCUUCUUCUGGCCCAAACGAUGCCCUUUGAGAGCUUCUAGCCAAACGAGUGCAAGAAGUCUUUUCACUACCUGUUAAGCGAAUUCAGGUUCGCGACGCUAGGAGCAACAACUGGGUAGAUGGUCCAUGGUCUGGUGGAGUCAGGAGCCGACCAGUAUUGCACCUUUUCUCGCACCUUGCUCG